CAGUAUUCCGAGGGCCACUGAAUGCAGCACAGCACUGAGCGGUUUUUCCCACCGCAGCACGAGCCGCUCCAUCAACUGUAUCGGCAAGAGUUGUGAAGCGAGUCGGUCACCGAAAACUUUGCACAAAGUGAGCCGUACAUGUCUUCGUGCGGCGUUUAGGUGGAUGCUGAGUGGAUCUGACACGGCUGACAGCAAGCGGGAAUCCUGAAUCACCUGGUAAAUCGGGAGAAUUAGAACGCAGAAAGCACCCAGAGCCACGUAUCUAACUUUAAAUGGGCUAAGAAGUGGUUAGUUAUGUCGCAGAUACGCAUCCAGGUUGAGACAGACCCAGCACCCACAGGGACACACGUGGCCUUGUAAGCUGUGGCGGCGACCGUAUUAUCAAGGAAAUUCCUGAGUCCUCCAGGGUCACCUAUCUGCUGGCUUCUCUAUCUGCUGCCGCAGGGAGACAAAAGGACAAAGGAGGACACCGCAGGCAGACGUGAUGGCCACUGAAGGAACCCAGACGCAGGCUGGGCCAGCGGUACUGGCAAAGUCUGCUUCGCCUCUGUCCGCUGGGAGCAGACCGAGCAGAGAAGCCAAACAUGCAAAUAAUGGCCAGGAAGUGUGGCGAGACGCUGACCAAAUGUGUCAAUCAAAACAGUCAAGCGGCCCUUCUCUCCCCUUAUGUAGGAAGUCAUCGUGUGACAGUGGGGAAGGCACUGUUUUGGACCAAAAAUAUGAGUGCCACGAUUACAGCUCAGAAGUCAUAAGCACUAAAGAGAAACCUUAUCCAGAGCUCUCCACUGGCAAGAAACUUGAAGAAAUGAUUCCAGUACUUAGGAAAAGUUCAGAGGAAUCUCUGUGCCAGCUGGACACCACUGGAGACAGCGUGGAUGCAGGCACUAACAGAACUGGCAGCACCCACUGCUCCUGUACCCAGUCUAGCCAUUAUACCAAUGCGAACACCUACUAUUGCCACAGCUCUAGCUCCAGCCCUGUUCAUAGUCCUUGCCUCAGCUGCAGGCCCUCUGGCCCCAAAUACAGACACAUCCGCCGCGGCAGCCUCCCUGUGUCUAUGCUGGCUUUCCACAAGACAUCGCCCUACCUCUCAUCCCAGGGCAGUUCCUCAAGCGAACCGAGCUCUUUGACAUCAUCUCCAUCUAGUUCUCCUCUUCCCGUCCACUGCAAGCAUCACCAAAACGGCCACAUCCAUCUGCACUGGCUCAAAGAUGGGUACUCAAGUUUAGAGAGGCUCAACCGAAGGCCCCGGGUUAACAAAUGCUCUUUGGAGAAACUUUUCCUUCGAAGGUCUUCUCUUGAAACCAUGUCGUCGACCCCUGUUCACAACGAAGGGUCACCUGCAGAAGAGACGAGGGACUGCAGCCAGGCUCACAGCAGUGAUGAGGGAAAAGUAGAAGCGCAUUCGGAUAACGUGGAUAAUGAUUUUAUUCGGAAUCGUAAAGAGCGCUCAACUGUCCUGGUGAGGCGGUUCUGCAAGAACAAUCAGAAGGUGACCAAGUCGGUGUGUACUGGCACCAGAGCGAUUGUCAGGACACUGCCGUCGGGACUCAUCUCAGAUUUUGUCUGGGCCGUGGUUGUUCACUACAGAUGUUGGACUCCCAGUAAGGAGGAUACAUGGCUAAACGUAAAGCGGGGCGCGGGAGAAGACUUCAGAAGAUGCAAAGAGAUGCUGCGCUUUGCUGGACUUAAACUACAUCAGGUUAACAACUAUGUGGAGGAAAGAGAGGAGGUCAACCUGAUUCAUCCUGCCAAAAAGCUCCUGUUGUUGUGCCCUGGAUGUGUCUGUCUCAGGGAGUCUCUCUGGCCAGUGGACUUGGUCAGCAGCAGCUCAGCCAUCCUUGAUCUGAAGCCCUACAUUAAAACUCAGCACUGUCAUCCAUCUUACACCUCCAGGUUUUAUCGGUCUUGUAGCCAGAAGACGAAGUUGAGUUCCCUGCUAACUGGAGCACUGCUAGAGGCCACACUCGUGCUUGGUGCUCGCACAGCACUCCUUUAUCCGUUGCCCCAGUGCCCCAACAGCCACGCUGUCUUGAAAGAGCGUCAGCUGGCCAGCAGCAUGACCAGCAGCAGCACUCUUCCUCCCAGUGUAAGCGGGAUCAGUAAGGAGCUGGCAGAGCUGCGCCACCUUGUUCAGUUCCCCGAGGAGAUCGCCUGCAUCCUCACGGAGCAAGAGCAGCAGCUUUACCAGCAGGUCUUCCCUUUGGACUACCUCUAUUUCCUCACCCGAGACCUGGGCAGUCCCGAGUUUCAAACUAAACGCCACCCAAACCUCAAGGCUUCACUGUCAGCGCCCGCCAUGCCCACUCAGCGAAGUAACGCCGUGGAGGAACUGGUGGCACGAUUCAACGAGGUGAGUUCGUGGGUGACGUGGCUGGUCCUGACUGCAGGGUCCAUGGAGGAGAAAAGAGAAGUUUUCUCAUAUCUGGUCCAUGUCGCUAAAUGCUGUUGGAACAUGGGAAACUACAAUGGUGUCAUGGAGUUCCUGGCUGGACUCAGAUCUCGUAAGGUGCUGAAGAUGUGGCAGUUUAUGGACCAGACAGACAUCGAGACCAUGAGAGGUUUAAAGGACGCCAUGGCUCAGCAUGAGUCCUCCUCUGAGUACAAGAAGGUUGUGACCAGAGCUCUUAAUAUCCCAGGAUGCAAGGUUGUGCCAUUCUGUGGGGUUUUUCUAAAGGAGCUAAGCGAAGCGUUGGAUGGCACAGCAAGCAUCAUCAGCCUCAAACCGUCUCCUGAUAACACAGAAUACUCGAUAGAGUUUGUGUCCGACUACAGCGGCCAGCGCAAUUACUUGUCUCGAUCUGGCCCAGAUGGGCUCCAUGUGCCAGAGAAGGAAGCUACUGUCAGCAACAUCCUUCAGAUUAUCAGAUCUUGCAACCGGAGUUUAGAGGCAGAAGAUACUGAUGACGCGUCCACCAGUCCGUCAUCUACUGGCCCGUCCCCUGCAUCCAGAAACAACUCCUUCAAAGACCGCAGCCACAAUCAAUUCACGGUCGGAGACUUGUCGGAUUCAGAUGGUGACUUGUCUACCGAGCCGGUGGUGAAAGAAGUGGAGUUUCAGGGGACCGAGGAGACGCACAGAGCUUUUAGCCAUGGCACGGAGCUCAUUCCCUGGUAUGUGCUGUCACUACAACCAGACAUUCACCAGUUUCUGCUGCAGGGCGCUACGGUCAUUCAUUACGACCAGGACGGCCAUGGCAGUGCUCGCUGUCUGCUACGUCUACAGCCUGAUAAUACAACACUCACUUGGGGUAAACCUCAAAGCGGAGGCCCUUCCCCUGCAGAGCAACCACUGGGAUUGGGGCAGCCUGUAGUGGCUGGGCUAGCAGAAGGCCUGCUGGACCUGGGAAUAGUGAAGGCAGUGUUUCUGGGCCAUCAGGGUGUCGAUGUUCAUGCUGUAUGUUUGCAAAACAAGCUGAGCCAGAUGACAGUGGAGGAGAAUGGCCUCAGCCUUCUGUAUGGUCUGAGUACCACAGACAAUAGACUUCUGCACUUUGUGGCCCCCAAUCACACGGCACAAAUGCUCCACAAGGGCCUGUCGGAGUUGGUGAAUGCAACCAGGAAAUUAAAGAAGUUUCCUGACCAAAGGUUGCAGUGGCUGAGGAAGCAGUAUGUCAGUUUGUAUCAGGAGGACGGCAGGUAUGAAGGCCCUACACUAGCCCACGCCAUUGAGCUUUUUGGGGGUCGGAGGUGGAAUAUGGGUACAGGUGGUGGAGACAAGGUUGGAGCCCAGAAGAACAACCCUCUGUCGAACGAGAAGGCAAAGAAGAAGAAGAAGGUUCUUGUCAGGGGAGACAGUGGGGAUGCAACCGAUGACGAGAUGGUUUCCAGGAAAACACGGAGCUGUAAAGAAGGACUGUAUCGAAACGGACCAGAGUCUGACAGCAUCGACCAAGAAGAUCCAGAAGACAGCAUCCCCGGACCACUCUCCCUCACAUCCAGUAAAAGCCCCGGAUUGCUAUCCUCUUCCUCUUCUUCCUCGUCUUCCUCUAGCAUGGCAGGGUGCAACCAGACCCGUCCGCAGUCUUCUCCAAUCCUUUCGGGAAAUGCUAAAUCCCAGCCAGGGGCAUGGAGCAGCAGAUCGUGGCACGGCCGGGGUAAAGGCUGUUUCAAAGGUUUUCAGAAUCUCAUGAUUUCUGACAGCACAAUGAGCUUCAUCGAGUUUGUCGAGCUUUUCAAAUCAUUCAGUAUCCGAAGCAGGAAGGACCUGAAGGAGCUGUUUGACACCUUUGCUGUCCCCUGCAGUCGCUCAAGCCCAGAAUCAUGUCCUGUUUACACCAACCUCAGGAUAGAUGACAAAGACACAGGACUGCAGCCAGACCUUGACUUGCUAACCCGUAACGGGUCGGAUCUCGGCCUGUUUAUCCGGACCAGGCAGCAGAUGUCCGACAACCAGAAGCAGAUUUCAGAUGCAAUCGCAGCAGCCAGCAUUGUGACCAACGGGACGGGGGUGGAGAACGCGUCGUUAGGCGUCUUGGGACUGGCUAUCCCUCAGCUCAAUGACUUUUUAGUCAACUGUCAGAGAGAGAACCUGAGCUACGAUGAGAUUCUCAGUAUUAUACAGAAAUUUGAGCCUUCAUCAAGCAUGAGACAAAUGGGUUGGAUGUCAUUUGAAGGUUUUGCAAGGUUCCUGAUGGACAAGGACAACUUUGCUUCACGUAAUGAGGAAUCUCAGAUGAAUCCAGAGGAGCUGCAAUAUCCUCUGUCUUACUACUACAUCGAGUCUUCUCAUAACACCUAUCUGACUGGGCACCAGCUCAAAGGAGAGUCCUCUGUUGAACUCUACAGCCACGUGCUCCUGCAAGGCUGUAGGAGCGUCGAGUUGGACUGCUGGGACGGAGACGAUGGCAUGCCUGUUAUUUACCACGGCCACACACUCACCACUAAGAUACCCUUUAAGGAUGUGGUGGAAGCAAUUAACCGGUCUGCGUUUGUCAAUUCUGAUAUGCCCGUCAUCCUGUCCAUAGAGAACCACUGCUCCCUUCCUCAGCAACGAAAGAUGGCUGAAAUCUUCAAGACUGUGUUCGGCGAACGCCUUGUGACGCGCUUCCUUUUCGAAGGCGACUUCAGCGAUGACCCUCAUUUACCAUCGCCGCUGCAGCUUCGAGGGAGGAUACUGCUCAAGAACAAGAAGCUCAAAGCCCAUCAGGCACCGGUGGACAUACUCAAGCAGAAGGCUCACCAGCUCGCCCACAUGCAAGCCCAAGCAAGCAACGGGUCUCCAGGAGUGACUUCACCCAACAAUCAUGCCAAUGAGGAAGAGGAAGAAGAAGAAGACGACUAUGAUUAUGAUUAUGAGUCUCUAUCAGAUGCCGAUGGCCUCGCUGCCUCUACUGCCUCGUAUGGUCUUGAAGAUAAUAUCCUCGAUGACAAGCCAGAAGGCAAGAGUUCGGCCGAGAAAGAAGAGCAACCUGCUGAUGAAAUACCCAAAAGGAUGAAGAAAGCUGAUAGCACUACACAGAGCAAAGGAAAGGUGUUCGACAUGGAGCUCGGCGAGGAGUUCUACCUUCCCCAGAAUAAGAAGGAGAGUCGACAGAUCGCCCAGGAGCUGUCCGACCUUGUCAUCUACUGCCAGGCCGUGAAAUUCCCUGGCCUUUCUACUUUGUCUCCGGCUUGCUCUAGCAGGGGGAAGGACCGAGGCAAGAGCAGGAAGUCCAUAUUUGGCACGGCUCCUUCUCGCAGCAGCGCAACAGGGGAGGUCACGACCCAGAGCCGCACCCCUGGGAAAGGUGGUUCGGAGCGACUCAGCUGGGAGGAGCAGCAAACGUCUCCCGUCCUCAACCCCUCCACCUCACUCAGCGCCAUCAUCCGCACACCAAAGUGUUACCACAUCUCCUCCGUCAACGAGAACGCCGCCAAGCGCCUGUGCCGCCGUUACUCUCAAAAGCUCAUCCAGCACACGGAGUGCCAGCUGCUCAGAACCUACCCGGCGGCCACCAGGAUCGACUCAACAAACCCCAACCCUCUGCUUUUCUGGCAGCAUGGCAUCCAGCUGGUGGCACUCAAUUAUCAGACUGAUGACCUGCCCAUGCAGUUGAACACGGCGCUGUUUGAGGCCAACGGAGGAUGUGGCUACGUACUGAAGCCGUCAGUGUUAUGGGACCGUAGCUGUCCACUUUAUCAGCAGUUCUGUCCGAUGGAGCGGGAUGUGGAGAAAAUGAGCCCUGCUGUCUACUCCCUCACAAUUGUGUCCGGGCAGAACGUUUGUCCCAGUAACAGUGCCGGCAGCCCCUGCAUCGAGCUGGAUGUUCUGGGCAUGCCCAUCGACAGCUGCCAUUUCCGUACCAAACCGAUCCACCGCAACACCCUCAACCCCAUGUGGAACGAGCACUUUCAGUUCACUGUGCAUUUUGAAGAGAUGUGUUUCCUGCGAUUUGCCGUGGUGGAGAACAACAGUUCCCAGACCACAGCUCAGAGGACUCUCCCACUUAAAGCCCUCAAACCAGGUUACAGACAUGUACAGUUGAGAACACAGCACAAUGAGUCUCUUGAAGUCUCCAGCUUAUUUAUCUACAGCCACAGAACAGAGGAAGGUCCAACAGGGGGCGCUACUGCCUCAUCUUUGCUGUUCAGUUCUGAGGAGAAGCAUGCGUCCCAGCAGCACAGGGUGACGGUGCACUGCGCUCCCGGUCCUGAACCCUUCACUGUUUUCUGUGUUACCGAGCAGACCACCGCCAAACAGCUGCUGGACAUGGUCGUGGGGUCAGCGGCAAACCCAUCCGAAUACUUUUUGUGUGAGGAGAAGGUUCCCCUGUUGAAGGAGCGCAGCGAGGUGAAGCGCUGCCCGCAGCACCGAGCUCUAGCACCUGAGGAGGAGGUGGUCAGGGUGGUCUCCAGCUGGAACACUGAGGAGGGAUAUGUGAGGAGACUGUGCCUCAAAACGAGAGAGGAGAACUUGAAUGAGAAAAACACGGUGGUGGAGGGAGAGGAGGAGGUGACCGUGGGAGGCAGAGAAGGAGCGGGAGGAGGUGGAGGAGGAGGAGGAGGGGAGGAUGAUAUGUUCUUUGUCCAGGUCCAUGAAGUUUCACCCGAACAGCCUCACACUGUCAUCAAAGCUCCACGCUACAGCACGGCUCAGGAUAUCAUACAGCAGACUCUGUCAAAGGCUAAGUAUUCCUACAGUAUCCUCUCUAACCCUAAUCCAUGCGACUACGUGUUGAUGGAGGAAGUGACCAAGGACGUCGGCUCUAAGAAGUCCUCGUCCACCAAGCCUCUUCAGCGAGUGCUGCUGGAUCACGAGUGUGUCUACCAAGCUCAGAGCCGCUGGAGGGGCGCGGGAAAGUUUAUUCUUAAACUCAAAGAGCAGGUGGUGAGGGAGGACAAAAAGAAAGUCAUUUCCUUUGCCAGUGAGCUCAAGAAGCUGACUAGUCGCAGCCGCAGCAUGACGACUGGCAGCGGAGUGGAUGGCCCUGCCCAGAGUAAGGAUGAUAGAGCUGCAUGCUGUGUGGCUCUGACAGAGCUCCAGGAGUGAGGCUCACACUCUGCCUGCCGUGUUUGCAUGGAAAAGCAACAGAGGGUACCUGUCUGCAGCUGCAGGUCUGAGGGCAUGGGUGACAGAGGGCAGGGUGGGGGCUGGAAGGUUCCUACAGGCCUCCUCCAACUCUUUCAGAGGGGAGCUCCUAUCUGUCCACCUUCCCACCUCUUCUCUGUCCCCUUCAGCCUGGAAGCUUUACCUCCUCAGGAACUGGAAGAUCCACAAAUGAGUUCCAGACACAGAGAGACUUGCACCGACUACUUCUUAACUUGGAGAAUUUCUCUUUUCAUAAGGUGUUUUCAGUGAUGGUCUCGUGCAUUGUCGGGUUCUGAGAUUCCCUCCUGUCAAAGUCUUGAAGGAGUCCGAUCCUACCCUGUGUUAAAUGAGCAAGUGAAGGACAGGAUUCAGUCCAGGCUCUGUUACUGGGUUAGGUGACAGGUAAUGAGCCCCUUUUGCUUGGCAGGAGAUUGGCGAGCCCACCCAUUGUCAUCCAAGAGCUGUGAUGGUCGUGGGCUGGUAGCUCAGCUCCUCUUGGGGCAGCUGUUUUUAUUGAAGUCCGCUGGGACAUGAAAUGGCAAACUGUCCCUCAUAUUUCAAAUAAAUAAGAGAGGAGAAAAAAGAUUCCUGAGUCACAUUCAGAGAAUAAUGCUGGCUUUGAUGGUUGCUAAAUUGCCAUUGGAUUUAUUGAAAUAGUAAAACACAAACUAUUUGGAGUAUUUAUUUUCCCUUUUCAAGGACUAUUAAAUCUCCACAAGUGACUACGCGGCUUGUGCACUAGCAUAAUUGAAUAAAUCUUUUGUACAGUAUGUUUAAAAUAAACAAGUAAAAUCCCCACUUUGCUAGUAAAUGUUAAAAUGGACGAAGAGAUGUAGGAGAUUGUUGUUGCUUCCUCAGGUAUGGGCUCAUUUGGUUGAGGGCAUUGUGAAGGAGGCUGACAAGCUGGCUUGUUUGGUUCUUUUCCUACUGUUCCAGUUUCACAGUACUGUAAGAGCACAUUUCGGGGCAGUGCAGAUGAGCAAAGCUCACAGAAAGACGCAGCAAAUGUGAGGAUAAAGAAUUGGAGGCUUCUAUUCUAUUUAAAUGUCGUAAAAAUGGAAGCAGUUUAUCGGACACUACCGUAUUUGCCCUAAAAAUGUCAAUAUAUGAGGAGCGUUUUAAGGCGGUGUAGGCACACACUAUUAUAUUCUGCAAAUGCAAAUGUGGAGCAACUUCUCACUGUUUUGGUAAAGUUGUCCUGUGUUGGUUUAAAAUGUUGCAACACUGCCUCCAUCAUUUGAUGAUUUUGUGGCUGUAUCUCUGAGGAUGAUCUGCUUUGUUAUACAGAGUAUCUUAUUGCUCACAUCAUUGUGCACAAAUAUCAACCAUCUCUCCUUGUCAGCCAAAUUGAACAGUUUAAAAAGUUAAAAAUGUGUGUAUAUAUAUAUGUAUAUAUGCAUAUAUCAUGUAAUUUAAACAUGAAGUAUUGCAUUAUAGCGUGGAUACAAUGGUAUCACCAGAACUGUUAACCAUUUUUUGCGCAUCAGUUAGCUUUCUGAAUAUUUACAUUGUUAAAUGCAAAACUGGUGGAGCCCAAAACAUAGUUACAAAUUUAGCCAGACAUUCAUUACUUUAAAGAUGGAAACAUUUCCUCUGUUGGACCUGAUUAUAAUUGAGUAUUUCCUGCAAAUUCCUACAUCAUUUUAUUGGUACAAUGAUGGUUAUAGCGCUAAGAUCCUUUGGAGAACAUCCCGGUCUUCUUCAAACAACGUUUUGCACUUUUUGUUUUCCUUUUGCUGUCGUCAUCAAUGUUUUUGUGUUACUGUCUAAUUAGUGACAGCGACUUGAUUGUUAUGGUUAGAACUGCUUCUGUCUCGUUAUGUCGUUGUAUUUAUUGCUUUCAAUUUCAGCCCAGUCACAAAUUUAGUUUUAAAGAAAGCACAAGUAUAUUUUGGGGGAGUUUUUUGUCAGACUUAUAAGUAUGUACUCGGUGUUCCCCACACAGAAUUGAAUGUUCGUAAUGCAAUUGAUUGGUUUUUCUUUAAUUUAUUGGUCUGGACUUACUGUCCUUGAUUUUAAGAGCAGCAUCUUUAUAGAUAUUUAAUGUAAGUAAAGACUAGAUUUUUUUUCCUUUCUUCUGCACAUCUAAAUCUACAUUCAAAAUUCAUUUGGUGCCACUUUUCUCUCUUUUAAUAAGUGACAUUUCAAUAUUUUAGGACUAAUAGUAACUUUUAUUUUACUUACUCCCAUUUGGUUAAUGACGUUACCAAAUAUACAUAAAAAAUUAAUAACAUUAAGAUGUAAAACGACAUGAUACAUCUUGAUUAUUACACAAAAAGGAGCCGUGACACAAAAUCAAGUCCAUCAUCAAGACUCAAGAACACAGACCUCUGCUGUAUUAUGGAAGUUUUAAUUCUCCAUUGAAAUUUUCACUCAGAAAAAUCACUUUUGAGUCUCUUAAUUGAAAGCUGUUUCAAUUCAUUCCUGCUAACUCAGUUUUAGGCUUAAUAUAAAUCCUACUUUUAUAAAAACGGAAUCAUUUUUUUUACCAAUAUUCCAGAAUACAAAAAAUUUAACAAACUAGAAUUAUUUGUUUAAAGAAGCUUAAAAACCUUUCAAAAAUGCUUAAUGCCAAGUAAUGAGUUAUAAUUUUAGUGCAAUAGUGAAGAUCUGUUCAUCUUUUUAAUACCUACAAACGACUGACAUGUUCCACUUUAACUCAUACUUUCAACUUGUGACCGUCAAUUAAUGGGUUAAAUUUGACCUGAUUAAUAUUAAUCACAUGCACGGAUUAUGUUUUGUUGGGAUUAAGGAAGUAGGGUGGGACCUAAGGCUUAUGAUAUUUAAGGUAGAUGAGACUGUGAUCCCAGAAACCACAACUCUAUAUCGGUGAUAAUUAAGCUGAAAUCCUUUAAUCCAGUCAGGCUUUUGUUACUCUAACGGUUUCUAAUUUAAACUUUGGAUAAAAAAAAGCCAUUACGCAAAGCAAAACCUAAUCUUUCACGAAAUGGUCAUUACAACUACAUGCCUGGAUGAAAGCGAUAUCAGCUCUAAUAAGCGUGUGAAAUCCACAGUGAUUCCACACAGGAAGGGACAUUUUCAGUUUUAAAUCUGUGAGUUAUAACACCACCACAUCUUGUUUCCUUUUUUUCUCUAACCUCUAGACCUCGUUUCUGAAUGUAACAGUUCUUAACCUGAGACAAAUAUGUGUUUGAAGUUAUUUAUUUGAAUGUGAAGCCCUGGUUGGCAUUUGUGUUGUUUAUGCGUAAGUUCCUGUAAGUAGUUAUUAGUGUUUAUUUAUUUCAGUAUGUGAGAGGGUGAACUCUACUGCCCUGACUUUACUCAAACUUAUUUAGAUAUGUAAAGAAAUAUUUUACUGUAAAAUAUUUAGUGUAUUAUUCAUACUUAUGGCAUGUUAUUCUGCAGUAUGCAGCAUUUUAUUUUCCAUAACUGUGGACUAAAUCUGACAAUUUGAGACUUUAUUUUACAUUUUGGUGUAUUCAUUAUAUCCACGUGUAUGCUGUCAAGCUAUGUUUUCAUUGUUAGCACUUUCCAUAAGCGGUCCACUAUACACUUUAACAUCCGCUCUCUGUGUUAUGCCAUGACUGUCAAGUGAACAUUUGUCUAUUUACUUGAAUCUUUAAAUGGAUGGUAAUCGGUGGAUUUUGUUGGGUUUUUUUGUCAUAUGAAUCACAAUAAAAAUGGGAAAUACUUUGA